AUUUGAAUUGACAGACCGCGAAGCCUUUUUUUUCUUUCUUCCUUCACAUUUCCACUAUGGGCAGGCCAAAGAAAGAAGUUGGGCAAUUUGGUUACAUGAAACGGAUCUACAAUGGGCUCGCUGAAGAGGUAGCAGCAUUGCAGAAACGGCUGAAGGAGCUCGACAAAAAAGAGAGAUACUUGCGAGCAGAGGCCCUAAAACACCAAGUCCAACUAACUGCAGAUUCAGAAAUUAAAUGUAUUCUGAAAUCCAAAGGAGACUCUAUCCACCUGAAGGAUGAACACACAGAUAGUGUGAAGAAACAGCUGGCAGGUCAAAGGACUGUUUCAGCCAACCACGUGAUGUCAGCCAGUGUGGAGGUGGAGGCUGUGGAAGGAAUGGACGAAGUGGAGGAGCAGCAGCAGCAGAAGAGUAGAUCUCCUGCUGAAAUAGGGCUAGUGAAACGCUGGAAAGUUGAGGGGAAGAUUGGCGAAUGUUUUUACAGCAUACAUUUUUUGGCCAUCUGUGAUAUGGAGAAUCCACUUGGGACAAUCAUGGAAAUAGAAAAACUAAAUGCAACAGAAGGAAAUCCCGUAGUCCAAAAAAUUGUUAAUUAUAAGCAAGAUGGUCCAUUUAAAGUGCAGCAGCUGACUAAUCUUUUGUUUGGGUUGCAGAUGCUGUAUGAAGCGAGAGCUGAAGCCAUUGAACAACUAAAGGACAUUCCAAAUUUAGAAAUCCAGCAUAUAGUUGAACCUGUGACCAUAGAAUUUGAACCUCAGGAAGGGUAUCUCAUAAAAAUAGUUUGGGAAAUUGGUUUCGAUGACAAGAACAUGAGAGUUCGGAACAUUAUUGCAGUUGUCUGUGAUGAUGAAGUAACGGCAAGAUUCAGCAGAAGUACGGGAUUCCCUUACCUCAGUGGGAAAGAAAUUUUAACAACACCCAGUGGGGUUAUGGAGUUCGUUGAAUCGUACAUGGACCAUUAAUUGUGGAUUUUAAUUUUUUAUACCAUUAGUACAGAUUUGUAUAUAUUUUUUCUUCAUAUUUUUAAAGGUGAAGCUUUGUGGAAGUU